AUGGCGUCGGCACUGUCAAGCCUCGUGUCGCAUACGAACCUUCGCUCGCUCCUCAUCUUCGCGCUCUUCGCUUGCUUCGCCUUCCUCUCCGUGGAGAUUGGUUACAAUUUCCGUUACACCGCCACCGACGCGCACGUCGCAGCGCACUCAGCGGCGUCCCUGUUGCUCCCGCGGUACCAGCAGCAGGCAGCGCAGCCGCGGCCGGGGGAGAGCGCGGAGGAGGUGCUGGGGAAGCUGCGCGCGGAGAUCGAGAAGCAGCAGCUGCGCACCGCGAAGCGCCAGCUCUUUCGCGACGAGGUGCGCACGCUUAUGGACGAAAUUGCGCGGCUUAAAGCGAAUCACUCGGGGCCAAUCAAAGCCGAGGAUCUCAAAACCUUCGCUGACGUCAGCAACAACACCAGGGGAGGAGGGGGGGGAGGAGGCGAACUCAGUGGCUCUGUUUCCGACGCUGCCGCUGCAGCUGAGUUGGCGAAAUGCGAGGCAUCUUUGCAAGAGUGCAGAGAGAGUCUAGGGCAGGCUGGUGGAGAGGCAGGGAUGGGAGGGGAGGCCGGGACAAACAGUGCUGCUGCAACAACUGGUGAUGCGGCAACGACCGGUGCAGUGACCGGGUCUGGUGGUGCUGGGCCUGCUGUGGUGGUUGCAAUGAGUGAGAGUGAGAUGCUGGCAGCGCUGCAGACUCAGUGCGAGCAGCAGCAGAUUCUGAACGAGAGGCUGCAGCAGGAGAGAGAGAGGCUGGCAGCUGCAGUGGCGCAUUACUCAAGGAACACCACAGAUUGUAAUGAUACCGUCUCUAGUGAUGAUGCUCUUCAGGCUGCCCGGAAAGCAAUCGAAGAGUGCGGCCGGGCAGCUGAGCAAGCGCGGGAGAGCGCCAUUGGUGGCGGGUACAGCAGCGGGCAGCUUUCAGCCACCCGGAUUCGUGCCACGUCAUGCAGUGCGACAGAUGAGGAGCUCCUGAAAUACCUGAACUACUCCCCGAAGAAACCCUGUCCAGAUGACUGGUACUUCGUCCAGCACCUCAUCUUUGUCCGCAACUGCUUAUGCCUGCCGCGCCGCCGCUGCUUUGCCGCGGCGCCCCCGGACUACCAGGAGCCGAGCAUCCCCUUCCCCCAGUCUGUGUUCGACCCGCGUGCCCUGCUGGAUGCGAACGUGCGGUGGGACCUGCACCGCUGCAAGUCAUACGGAUGCAUUAACUCGCGGCUGCUUGGGGAUUGCCGCGACUGCUUUAACCUCACACUGGAGGCGAAGCGGUGGAAGAAUAACUAUCGCGGGGCGGUGACUCUUGCAGAGGUGAUGAAGCUGAAGCCGCCAGGGUCGAUCAGGAUUGGCUUGGAUGCCGGUGGGGGUACAGGCAGCUUUGCAGCGGCGCUUGCGCUGUACAAUGUGACAAUAUUGACCACGGCUAUGAACACGGAGACGGUGCAAGAAGUGGAAAUGGGGUUGCCUUAUAUGGAGACUAUUGCGCAGAGGGGUCUGGUGCCGCUGCACGUGCCGCACAAGGCCCGCCAGCCGUUCUUUGACAACACGCUGGAUUUGAUUCACACGGUGAACAGUAUCAAGUAUUUCUCCAUCCCAGAAUUUGAGGAGCUUCUGUUCGAGUGGGACCGGAUUCUAAGGCCUGGUGGGAUCUGGUGGUUUGAGCUGUUCUAUGCGCCGGUGUGGGAGAUGCCGCUGUACAUUGGGGUGAUUGAGCAGUUUGGGGCGAAAGCCAGCAACGGGGGAGAUGGAGCAGCGCCGGUUGCGGCGGGGACGGCCCCGGAUAUGGUGGUCCCGCGAAGCGCGGAGCAGGCGGUGAAUCAGGGGCUGGAGCUGUACAAGAAAGGGCGGGUUCGCGACGCGCUGAGGCGGUUCGAGAUGGCUCUCGAGAUGAAACCGUCUGAGGAAGAGGCGCAGGCGGCGCUCUACAAUAAGGCGUGCUGCCAUGCUUUCAGGGAGGAGGGCGCGCAGGCGCAGGAGGCGCUGCGCGACGCUCUGCGGUACGGGCUGCAGUUCAGCGUGAUUCUCAGCGACCCGGACAUGGCGGCGUUCCGCGCCAUGCCUGAAUUUAGAGCUCUUCAAGAGGAGGCAAGGAAGGGCGGCGAGGAAGUGGGCGGCAAGUUUCGGCGGGACUUGAAGUUGAUAGCAGAGGUGCAGGCGCCGUUCAGAGGCGUGAGGAGGUUCCUGUACGUGGCGCUGGGCAUGGCUGCUGGCAUCGCCACCGUCAUCACCAUCCCGCGGUUCAUCCUGGCCGUCCAAGGAGGGGUGGAUGCCCCGGAUCUGCUCACCACUGGUGGCAACCUGGCCAUUGAUCUGGGAGGCGGGGCGGCGAUGGUGGGGCUGUACCUAUGGGAGCAGCGGCGUGAGGAGGAGCAGAUGGGACGCGUGUCACGUGACGAGACGCUCUCCCGCCUGCCUCUCCGGUUGCAGUCGGGCAAGGUGGUGGAGCUGGUGCAGCUCAGAGGAACAACGCGCCCGGUGAUUCUGUCGGGGCGAAAGGAGGCGGUGCAGCAGGCAAUGAAGCGUGCAGAGGGGUACCGCAAGCAGCUGCAGGAGCGGGGGGUGCUGCUGGUGCCCGUGCUGCAGAGCAAGGGCGGAGGGGUGCUGGCAGAGAGCAAGAAGAAGGGCUUUGCUGCCGUGAAGAAGCCUGCUGCCACUCUGGAGUCGCUGGAGGAGUUUGAGGAGAAGGCGAGGGAGGCGGCGGCAAAGAGAGUGGCGGAGGCGGACCGACGACUCAAGGCUGAAGUGGUGUCGCCGGGGGAGUGGGACCAAUGGGUGCGGUCACAGCAGAAGGCGGAGAAGGUAGCGGAGGGCACUGAUGCCUUCAUCGUUCUGCGGCUGGACGGCCGAGUGCGCAAGUCAGGCACGGGCAUGCCUGACUGGGCGGAUCUUAUCAACGAGCUGCCUCCUCUCGACAGCCUAGUCAGCAAGCUUGAGCGCUGA